CAUAAGUCCACAUUUGUUAUUGGGACCAAUCCGUGCGCGCAUGUCCAACUUGCAGCGUGUGUUUGUGUGACGGGAGCACCAGUAAAUACCGAAGUGGUGCUGCACGCAAAUUAAAUCCAGUUCUUCUUCCGUGAGUGGGAAAAAACGUUUUGGGAUCUGUAUUAAAUUUGCACAACUCGUACUGGAUUAUUUUUACCCCCCAUCUGCCUUGAACCCCCUCCCCAGAGGAUACCUGUAACUUUUGGGGGUUGUCUUUUGAGGGCAACAUUUGAGGUGUGAAAAGUGACCAGCAUAAAUCAAAUGCCAGUUUCAUGAGGGAGGCUUGGCCUCAAACUAGAGGCACCUCUCUCCUUAGGACGAAGACAUUUUCAGCCACAUCCGGAACCGGAAUCCAGGAUUAAUGUAUACACAAGCUUGACGAGGGACAAGAGGAUUCCGGUUACCUGUACGAGCUGGAGUACACAAGUGGACAGGCCUUGAUUGAGCCUGUGGCAUGAGGGAUUGGCAUGGCUCAGACCAGCUUUGUGUCAACUCAUCAUGCAUGCCGGGCCUGAUUGCAGAACGAAGCAGAUACUAAAGCCAGCAGGAUUGCUGCGACUGAAAAAAUAUAUCUAAUCUACGGUUAUGGCUACCGAUCUUGACAAAUUCAGCACCCAUUAGGAUUUUUUAAUAUUAUCUGAGAAAGAGCAGGCUUUGUCACUGAGAGGGGGAUGCUUAUUCAACAGGCUUAUCUGCCAUGGUAAAGGCAGUGAAGGCAUGAGCCUCUGACAACAGAGGAGGUCAUCGUCCAAACAAAGACCAGCCAAGAUAUCGCCAAAAAGCCCUACGACAAACUCUUCUUUUCAGAAAGGAUAUCAAAAGAAGAAAACCUUGAUUGGAUUUCUCAGUGAUCAAAAAGGAUUUACCACCUCUCAUAAAUCAGGGGCUCUUGAGUGAUUAGACUGCCGGGCAACUCCGUUUCAAGAUGAUCCGUCAGUGCAAGGCCUUUAUCCUGUCCCUCAUCAGGGUUGGACUGCUGCUGGGUCUUGCUAACCCACUGGUUACCUCUGCCUCUUGUCCCUCUGCCUGCCGCUGUGAUGGGACCUUCAUCUACUGUAAUGACCGUGGCCUGACUUCCAUUCCUACUGGUUUACCCCUGGAUGCAACAGUGCUAUUCCUGCAAAACAAUCGCAUAAAGAGCUCAGGAAUUCCUGCAGAGCUCAGCAGCCUCUCGAAUGUGGAGAAGAUCUACCUAUACUGCAACAAUUUAGAUGAGUUCCCCACUAAUCUUCCUCUUGGGCUGAAAGAGCUUCAUCUUCAGGAGAACAACAUUCGAAUGAUCACGCACGCAACUUUAGCCCAGAUUCCUUAUAUUGAGGAACUUCACCUGGACGACAACUCUGUGUCUGCAGUCAGCAUCGAAGAGGGCGCCUUUAGGGACAGCAGUCACCUUAGAUUGCUUUUCCUCUCCAGGAAUCACUUAAGUACCAUCCCCUCAGGCCUACCCAUGAGCAUUGAGGAGUUGCGCUUUGAAGACAACCGGAUUUCAUCAAUAUCUGAACAGUCGCUGCAAGAUCUCAUCAACCUGAAGCGACUAAUAUUGGAUGGAAAUCUGCUCAAUAACCGUGGAAUCGGAGAGAUGGCUUUCAUCAAUUUGAUUAACCUGACUGAGCUGUCACUAGUGAGGAACUCCCUGACAUCACCGCCAGCUAACCUGCCAGGCACAAGUUUGGAGAAACUGCAGUUACAAGAUAAUCACAUUAAUAGGGUCCCGCCAGGGGCUUUUGCCUUCCUUAGGCAACUUUACCGCUUGGACCUGUCUGGCAACAACCUGAGCAGUCUCCCACAAGGGGUAUUUGAAGAUCUGGACAAUCUCACACAGCUUUUGCUACGCAACAACCCCUGGCAAUGCACUUGCAGGAUGAAAUGGGUGCGUGACUGGCUCCGGUCAUUGCCGACAAAAGUAAACGUACGUGGAUUCAUGUGCCAGGGCCCUGAUAAAGUCAAAGGCAUGGCCCUAAAAGACUUAACUACAGACAUGUUUGACUGCACAGAUUCAGAAUUUAAUCCCACAUACGAGACUAGCACAGUCUCCAACACUCGCCGCCCCGCGCAGCCACAGUGGCCCUCAUUUGUGACUAAAAGGCCUGGAGUAAAGAGACCAAAUAUGGGCAAGAAUUACCACGGCACCACCAUUUCGUCAGGCAGAAAGAUCAUCACAAUCAGCGUGAAGUCAAGUAGCGCAGAUACAGUUCACAUAUCCUGGAGGGUGUCGCAACCCAUGACUGCCCUUCGACUCAGCUGGCUGAAGCUGGGACACAGCCCUGCGUUUGGCUCCAUCACAGAAACAAUUGUACAAGGCGAGAGGACGGAGUACCUGCUCACUGCGCUGGAGCCAGAGUCUUCCUACAGGAUAUGUAUGGUUCCCAUGGAGACCAGCAAUAUCUACCUGUCAGACGAGACCCCCGUUUGCAUCGAGACGGAGACCGGCUCGCAUAAAUCGUACGACCCAACCACAACUUUGAACAGAGAGCAAGAGAAAGAGCCUUACAAAAAUUCAAGUCUGCCUUUGGCUGCUAUCAUUGGAGGGGCUGUUGCACUUUUGGCAAUUAUCCUGUUGGCAUUGGUCUGCUGGUACGUCCACCGAAAUGGGUCACUUUUCUCAAGGAACUGCACCUACAAUAAAGGCCGCCGGAGAAAGGAUGACUAUGCCGAAGCUGGCACAAAGAAGGACAACUCAAUUCUGGAAAUAAGAGAGACUUCUUUUCAAAUGAUACCUAUAAAUCAGCUUCCUGUGUCCAAGGAGGAGUUUGUGAUACACACAAUUUUUCCACCUAAUGGCCUGAGUUUGUACAAGAGCCCACACAACGAGAACAAUAUCAACAACAGGAGCUACAGAGACAGUGGAAUACCAGAUUCAGACUAUUCCCAUUCAUGAUAGUGCACACGGACAUUUAUGAUGCGUAUGUGCUGUAAACACAGUGGCAAAACUUUUACCAAACACUGGAUCUAUAGGACUAAGGGAGCAAUGUUAUGUACAUUUGCCAUAUAAUUUAUAUUUAAGGACAUUUAUGAAAACUGAGAACGUUCCACCUGCAGGCCCUCACUGAAUUAGUGGGCGUAGUACUGCAAUUAUAUUUUAGCGAUUUGUAGUAAUUUGUACUGUACUUCCUUGGCUUAACCUGAUCGACCAAUUACAAAGAAACUCUGUGUUUUGAGAUAUGAUGACUUGUCAACUGUGAAAGUGGGUUCUCAUUGCUGUGUUGAACAAUCAGACUUUAGAAAACAUUGUUGUACAAGCACAGGUUGUUGUUUUCACUUUGUGGCUGUCUGAAAAAACAAAGGCAGAACUUGUCAUAAACCAAGGUACAGUUGGAUCAAUAAAAUUAACAAAUCAGACACGGUGGCCUCUUACAAAGAAAAACAGCAGUGAGCUGUCUCAUUUGCUACUGACAAAAUAUUGCUCUAGUUUUCAUGAUACAAAUCACUUUAGAUGGAUGUGCCAUGCUUUAUUUCUCUAUUUGCGUAGGUGUGUACCUUUUCCAAGUUUGAAAAAAUGCAGAAGCACCAUAGCAGGACUCUUUCUUAUUUCUUUCUUUUUUUCUGAUGGGAUUGUAGGCCACAGCACAGGGCAGAUAAAGCACAUCAACAUUGAAGGAACUCUUGGCUCCUCAAAACAAGAAGACUGGAAAAGCUGACACAGGACCCCACACGAUCUUUAUUUGGACAAGCCAACAAUGGCCAAAUGACAAUGGCGGCAUUCUUUAGUACCGUGUACCAUACGCCAUUCAGGUCCAAAGGUCAAAAAUACACGAUUGUUCAAAUGUUCAAAGUGUCAGCAUCUCCUUAACAAAACAACUAUUUUGUAUUUUCAAAGUGAACACGUUUUUGUUGCCACAAUUUGAAAUUACCUGUUCUUCAUGUUUAAAAAAACCAAAGUGCAUUGUAUGCCCUUUGGCCAGUCUUGUAUGUGCCUUGAUCCAAUGCUUAUUGUAUUUAGCUUUUUAAGGAACCAGUGACUUUUUUCAUACACACUUGAAUAUGAAAAGUAUUGGUCAUAUUACAAAAUAAAAAAUAUGAACAAA